UAUUGCUUAGUAAGGUAUCUUUCCUUCUCCGCUUUGCUCUGGGCAUAUAGGUCAGAACUUUGGCAAAGUAUUUUGCCUUCGGGCAUGUGUUAUACUUAUAACGAUACAGAGAAGAUUAGCAUGGCCCCUGCACUAAGGAUGACACGCUCAAUCAAAGAGAAGCUAAACAUUUUUUUUUGGGCUUUUUUUUCUUCUUUUUCUCAAGGUUUGGCGUGCGAUUUGUUGGUAUUUGAGCAAGCUUGUUUUCGCGGGGCGGGCUUACCUACUAAGUAGGUAUUUUGUCAGGCCAAUGCUGGGUAGGUAAUUUAGGGGUAGAUCCGCCCCUUCCAAGAAUCUAGACACUACAAGUAGUAAUUUACACCAUCUACUGA